AUGGCAGACCGCACCUCGCCACUCGCCUCGCAGCCCUCUAUAGCCGACGAGCAAGUGGCCAACAAGGGCCGCCGCAAGGUGGUCCGUAUGUUCUCCAACGACUCGUCGUCCAGCGACGAGGGAGCUGCGCCAGAAGCUCUAUCCAAAGCUCCCGAUGACCACGCCCCCGGUCACCUUCGCUCGUCAUCGUUCCCCGGCACUGGCGCCAGCAGCAGUACCUCACCGGCCUCACGCCUGCCGACCCUCACCGCUUCUCAGCCCAAAGUCCAGCGCUCAGCGACGUAUGGGCGCGGCGCCUCGAGCAGCACAGCGACGGCCCCGCCACCCAUGGUCGGUGGCAGCAACUACACCAACUGGCGCAACAAGUACCGCACAGAGUCGGCGCCGCGGCCCGGCGGUCACCGCACCAGCGUGCGGCGCCCCCGCGGACUCACACGAGGUGAAGCGGACCGUAUGGAUCGACCUGAUCCCGACGCCGACUAUGCACGUGCGAUGGCUGAGUGGGCUUCUGAUGACGACGACGAUGAUGAUCUAGACGGACACGCACACGCCCGGCCGGUCAAGGCGCUGGUUGCCGAAGCUGUGCGCCGCGCAACCACUGGCGACGAGCCAGUGGGACCGUCAGACAGCCUCACACACAUUGGGGUCGGCCAUCCAAAGAGCCUCAUCCUCCCCAUACCACCGCCCGACGCGGCCGGCCCAGACACUGCCGAGGGCAAAGAGCGACUGGAAUGGCAGAACAUGCUGGCUUCCGUGCUCGGCGGCGACAUUCUGCGUGGCGAGAGCUACCGAAUUGGUGUCGAGCUGCCAAACCACCACUCUUUCCGCAAGACCAUUGCAGAGAACCUAUGGUGGCAGAUCCGUGCCCGUUUGCGUAGCCGCACAGAGGACGAGGAGAAGCGACGUGUGGAGCAGCGCCGCAACCGCGUCGUCGACCCGGUCCUGGAGGAGAUUGCGACGUUUUCCGUCAAGCACGACAGUGAGAUCUCCGCAAUCGACCAGGUGGCCUUCAUCUUGCAAAAGCUAGAGGUCAUCGAGGGCCUGUACCCACACCAGCACGCGUUCCGUGCCGACAAGCCGCUGUACGACUCGGAGGCGUUCCGUUCCCGCGUGGACGCGUUGUCUGCGUGGUACUCUGUCGUGACACAGCUGCAGUCCCAGCUACACAUCUUGCAAAAGUGGACAGGUACAGAAGAUCUGGACAUUACACGGCCCAACACCACAAAGGAAAAGGCCCUAGUGGGCAAGAACCGUUUCCACCCACUCGACCCCAAGGCGCGCGCCCAUGCCCAGCAGCUCAAUGACGCCGCCGAUGACUCGACGUUCGUCGACCGUGUCCUCAAGGAGGACUCAUUGAGUCGUACCUUUGAGAGGCGUAUUUUUAUGGAUCAGCUUGCGACCAUCCAGAACGCCAAGGAGACUGUCAUUGCCCAUUCCCCGCUCUUUGCAGAGCUUCACCUCCCAGAGUUUCUGUACGAGCUCCUGCGCAUCAUCUCCUUUCCCGGCCGCCUCAUUAUCGAGGCCCUCAAGACACGUCUCCGCGCUGCGGAGCGUCUCACCAACCCGGAUCUCAUUAUUAUCGACGACAUUGCCGACUCGUUCCGCAACUCGGUAUCGCUCGCCAUCAUUAUCCGCAAGCAGUACGAGGAGAUUGUCGCGCCAGACCCAGAGAACCGCUGGAACGUUCCCGACUCGUUCCCAUCGAAUUACCGCGAGGUCAUUCUCAAGUGCAUCAAGAUGCACUUUAAGCUCCUGCACUGGAAGCUGAAAAGCAACUCCAAGGCUGUCUACUUCCGGGACACUGAGGUGAUGGAGGCCGAGUGGGAGUUUUUGUACGACGCUUCGGAGAGUAUCGAGGGCGUCGACAUUGUUGUCGCCGAGACGCUGUGCAGCCUGGCCAACAAGCUCAUGGUGCGCGUGUCGGCCUAUUUCGAAAACUCGCUCCACCUCCCCAUCUCUAUCGACGAGGUCGAGGCCGACGACGCACGCAACGGUGAAGGACGCCAGUUUGAGCGCCAGCCCAUGACGACCGAUAACAUGAUCAACUGGUACUCGAAAAUUCUCGACUCUAUCAAGAUGCGGUACCGCAAGCUGCAGCGUUUCGCUCGUCGUUUGACCCAGCGGUUCGAGAACUCGGCAGAGUACAUCAUCGAGGACGAGGACACGGACGCGCUCAUUGAGAGCCUGCACGAGUCUGGCCACUUCCUCGUGUACACCAACGUGUUCGAGGAGCAAGGCACGUACAUUUUCGCCGACGGGUCGCUCUGGGACCGUCCAGGAGACGUGCACCAACUCUUGUUUCGCGCCUUUGCGGUCAACCUCUCGUCGAGCCACGGCCGCGGCCGUGGCAACACGCUCCCCGACCCGCACAGCGAGGACGAGGACGAGUAUGAAGACGACAUGGCACAGUACCUGCUCCUCGUCUCUCCACGACAGAGCUUUGCGUGGACUGGCGCGGUGAUGACGCUUGACGUCGGCGAGUCCAAGGCGGUCGAUUUCGCACUCGAGGACAGCCGUAUCCGCCUGAUAGCCGACGGCGUCAUGUCGCGCCUCACCUACUGCAAGCUCGUCUUCCAGCGCUCAUUCCUGGACCCCGAGACGCAGGACCCAACGAUCCACCUGCGGUGUAUCAUCGAGGCACAAGCGCACUUACCAAAAGUGAACCGCGAGCUCAAGAAGAUUGCGCGGUCUGGCCUGCGGCUCUCCGAGAACAUUAUCGAGUCGGCCACGCAUGUGAGGCGUAACCUCCGUGGUGCAUCAGGUACACAAGACCUCAUUGAAAACUACUACCUGUUUGCGUCCGACCACGGGCACCGCGUCGCCAUCCACAUGGACCACGUGCAGUUUGCACGCUUCAGCCGGUUGCUCAUGCGCCUUGCCAUCUCGUGGGUGAGCUUUAUCUGCGACAACUGUGACCCCACCGACCGCAAGACGUUCCGCUGGACUGUCAAUGCGCUAGAGUACGCCAUGCUCAUGACCCGUGGCACCAACAUCUUGCACCUCAACAAGCAAGAGUUUGCCCUCCUUCGCGCCAAAGUGGCCAACUGCAUGACGCUCCUGAUUUCGCACUUUGACAUUCUUGGCGCACGGUCGUCCAUCGAGGCCAAGAAGGAGGCCGAACGUCUCGAGACGAUCCGCCGCAUGGCCCAGCUGUACGAGCAGGAUGUGGAGAACGACUGGCUGCUGCCGCGCACCCCAUCUCCGGCUGCCCAGUCCAAGAUGGUUCAGGCGCUCGACCGCUCGCUCCGCAUGUGCCGCGAGGACCGCCUCCAGCUCAUCCAAGCUGUAGAGGAGCAGCUGGGUGGUCUGCGGACCGACCAGCACCUUAUGGGUCGUGUCCUCGACGAAGAGGUCAGCGAGGACCGUGCGCUCGUCUUCCUCGCCGCGAGCUCGAGCAACAUUUCGCUCCGUUGGCAGCAAGGAGGGUUUAUCGGCGGAGGUGCCAACGGAUCCGUCUACCUCGGCUUCAACCUCGACUCGGGCGGCAUCAUGGCUGUCAAGGAGAUUCGUAUUCAAGACGUCACCAACUCGCCCUCGCUCUACAAGGCGAUCAAGGACGAGGCCGACGUCAUGCAGAUGCUCUCGCACCCGAACAUUGUCGACUAUUACGGAAUCGAAGUCCACCGCGACCGCGUGUACAUUUUCGAAGAGUACUGCCCUGGCGGGUCCCUCGCCGACUUGCUCGUGCACGGUCGUGUCGAGGACGAGGACGUGACCAUGGUCUACGCCUGGCAAAUGCUCCAGGGUCUGCAGUACCUCCACUCCAAGGGAGUCGAGCACCGCGACGUCAAGCCCGACAACAUCCUGCUGGGCGCCAACUCGGUGCUCAAGUAUGUCGACUUUGGCGCUGCCAAGGUCAUCACCAAAGUGAACCGCACCAUGGCCAAGACGCGCGCCAUCUCCCGAGGCGGUACCAACGAGGCCGGCGCGGCCGUCAUGAACUCGCUGGCUGGAACACCCAUGUACCUCGCCCCCGAGGUGAUCAAGGGCAAGUCGGGUCGACUGGGAGCGUCGGAUAUCUGGUCCAUGGGCUGUGUAGUGCUUGAAGUGUGUACGGGCCGCAAACCGUGGUCCAACCUCGACAACGAGUGGGCUAUCAUGUUCCACAUCGGUAUCGCCACGCAGCACCCGCCCCUACCUGAACCGGGCCAGCUCUCGGAUCUCGGUAUCGACUUUAUCGAGCAGUGCCUCACCCUCGACCCGCACCAGCGGCCCACCGCCGCCGAACUGCUGGCACACCCGUGGCUCGCGCCGCUCAUGGACAUUUCCCUGCCGGACGUGUCGCCCACGACCUCGUCCCUCCCAUCGGUGCUCACGGCCGCAAGCCUCGACGCACAGGACGACCUGGUGUCGUUUGCGUCCACCCCCACGUCGCAGGUCACGCCUCCAGCGUCCAUCGCCGGCCUGCCGGAAGAGUAUGCCGAACUGGCGGCCCAUCUGUCCGAGGUGUCCGUGUCGGGUAUCCCUGGCCCGAGCAAGCUGUCCGAGAGCACGGUGGCAGGAUGUCCUCACCCGAGUGUCAUGUCGCCGCAGCCCGUAUCAUCCGACGACACGCUGCCUGACAUGGACGAGGAAGAGGGCGAGGUCGGCGCGGACGCUGGCGUGUAG